UCGACUCGGUGCAACGCUGCUGGUUUGGGGGAAUCGGAAGAUUUUCGUGCUUGUUCAAAGAUCAUGAAGCGCAAGGCUGAAAAAGCGCAAGCUGCGGCCCCGGUCAGCGCUUUCGCGGCCCGCAAAGCUCGGCAGCAGCAGGCGCAGACCACCGCAGCUGCAGACAAGCCCAAUGUUGUUGAGCCAGCUGUAGAGCCGCCGCCUAAAAGGCCACGGCGCUCACUCGAAGAAGCCGCUGUCGCACCCGCAAGCGAAGAGAACCGAGUCCAAACGAGGCGAUCAUCGAGGCGAAAGGAAGAGCAAUUGAAGGCUGAGAAGGCUGAGAAGGCUGAGAAGUCUACGCAGAAGGCGCGCAACGAGCCACCCCCGAAGAGCAACCAACGAGUAUUGGAGACCGGCGCGUCCAAGACUAGCGAGGAGCAGGCGCCUGCAGACGAGGAAUCGGAAGAACAAGAUGCUGUGGAAGACACCAAUGUCAUCGGGCUUGAGGCCAUCCAGAAUGACGAGGAGGGGUAUGAAUCUCCAGCAGACACUCCGGCGCAGGUCCAGGACUUCCCGCUGUCAAAGACUCGCUUGAACAAGAACAACAUAGUCUACAGCGAUGAACAUAGACUGUGUGUCCGUAUCAAGGAGAAGAUGAGCUUGGUAAUGCUUGGUCACUACGAUCUUUGGGUUAAGCGGGGUGUGAUCAGCUUGAUGGGAGCGAAACUGCACCCCUCAUCCCGAGUGUACAGGGUCUACGCUCCUUCGACGCACUCUCUGCCUGUCAUCAAAUGCGUUUCUGGGGUCAAUGGUGAGGCGGAGGUUGAGUUCAAAUCAUGCCACAGUGGGAUCUAUCGUCUCAAGGAUCUCUCGCCUCUCUAUCAACGGAUAUGGAAUGGCAAGAAUACUGCGGCGGACAAACUCACGCUGAAGGGCGCCUCUCCUUCCACCAAGAGAACGUUCUCAGUGCUGUAUACAUCUGCGGACGAUUCUCUCAAACGGCACCUAAGGCCGCUGCAUCUCGAAAAGCAAUGGAGCUCUGCCAUCAAGUCUCUGUCUCAGCGCGGCGGACGUUUGAAGACGCUCAUAUGUGGUCCGAAGGGAUCGGGCAAGUCCACUUUCAGUCGCUAUCUGCUCAACCACCUUCUUAGCCCAGCCCCGCAGACAGAGACCAACUACUAUAACACGGAUGGUGUUGCGUUCCUGGACUUGGAUCCUGGUCAACCUGAAUUUGCUCCUAUGGGACAGGUCUACCUGGUCCACCUCCGUUCUCCCGUCUUUGGUCCUCCUUUCUCCCAUCCGUCCCUGGACGGUUCUCGUGAUGGGACGAUAGUUCGAAGUCAUCAUAUAGGAGCUACAUCCCCCAAGGACGACCCUGAUCAUUACGUCCUCGCCGCGAUGGAUCUGAUGGACCGCUACCGGGCCCUUCAGGCGAGCUACCCCCAGUGCCCUCUCAUCAUCAACUACCCCGGGUGGAUCUUCGGCCUGGGUCUGGAAGUUGCCACCUGGCUAGUGAGAUCCCUCAGUCUCUCUGAUGUCGUGUACAUGAGCGAAAAGGGUCCGACUGAGGUUGUUCAGCCCCUGGGCCAGGCAGCCUACCAGGCCAAGGUUCCUCUAACUAUCCUUCCUUCUCAACCAACCGACUUCGUUAGCAGGUCAAGCGCACAGCUCCGCUCCAUGCAAAUGCAGUCUUACUUCCACAUGUCGCGUCCAAGCAACAUCAACAAUCCGCUAUGGCUUGAGCAAUCACUUUCCCGCACAAAACCUUUCCAUGUUCAUUACUCAGGGCCGCAGCAGGGUGUCCAGGGUAUCAUGGUCAUGGGCUCUCAGAUCCAUCCUGACCUGCUGUUUGAGGUUCUAGAUGGGUCGAUUGUCGCCGUUGUCGCUGUGGAAUCUCCCAAUGCCAUCUUGGGUCAGAACAGUGGGCCCAUGUUUGCGAACGGCAGCAGUUCGGCAGCAGAGACAGGCAGCCACGAUGAAUCAGAUGCAGACCGCGAUGUCGAUAUGGGCGACUCGACUGAUGCGGUUCCUUUCGCGGGUGCAUCAACUAUCGAAUCUAACAUCACCCGGACGCCAAACGAGGAUCUCCCUUACCUCUUCGUGGGAGCAGGGAGCAGCAACCCUCUGGAUCCGAAGGUGACCCAUUGCUUAGGUUUGGCUCUUGUCCGUUCCGUGAACGUUGCAUCACGCCAGCUAGAGCUGGUCACGCCCAUUGCUGGAUCGACGCUCCGUGGCGCUCUGGAACAAGGUCAUAACAUAGUCCUUGUGCGGGGUCUACUUGAUAACCCCAACUGGGCCAUCAGCGAAGACUACUAUGCAGCUCGGGCCGCCGAGAAACACCAUCGAGAACUGGUCGAGAAGCUCAAGAAGAACAAGGAUGAAGCUGCAGACGAUGCUACCCUCGAGGCUGAGAAGCAAGCUUUGAAGGAUAGAAUCCGGCGUGCAAGCAAGGUUCCUUGGAUGACGGUGGUUGAAGACAACAGCCGCCGACACCGAGAAGCGUUGCAACGGGAGAAAUCACUGUGGAAACUGCGUAAGAAGGCCUACCCUGGCAGCGAUAGUGAGGGCGAUUGGUAAUCUUGAUCCCAUUUUCUGGCGUUACGAUGCGUUGCUGUAUAUAUAAACGAGCUGGGAAAAGUUGGGAGGAAAACAAUACACUG